AUGGACAUUUCCACUUCUAACCGCUUCGGAUCCGACGAUGCCGAAACUCCGAUGCUCGAAAACAUCGCCGUCGACUACAAGGGCCGUCCUGCCUACCGAUUCAGCUCCGGCGGUUGGAGAUCGGCGGCAUUUAUCAUAGGUGUGGAGAUUGGGGAAAGGUUUGCCUACUACGGAAUCUCCGGCAACCUUAUAAUGUAUUUGACAGGGCCGCUCCGGCAGUCGACAGCGUCGGCAGCGGCAAGCGUCAACGCGUGGGGCGGCGUGGCGUCGCUGCUGCCUCUCUUGGGGGCUUUCGUUGCCGACACUUUUCUUGGCCGCUACCGCACCAUCGCCCUCGCUACUCUGCUCUAUAUCCUGGCGCUAGGUUUGUUGACUCUAUCGGCUGUUCUGCUAUCUUCGAGUGGUUCUGACAGCCAAACCAAGGACAUCGUGUCAUGUUCUCCUCCUUUAUUCCAAGUAAUAUUAUUCUUCUUUUCUCUCUAUCUAGUAGCAUUUGCUCAAGGUGGACACAAGCCAUGCACUCAGGCUUUUGGGGCCGAUCAAUUUGACGGUGACGACCCAGAGGAGUGCAAAUCCAAGAGCUCAUUCUUCAACUGGUGGUAUUUGGGCGUGUGCUUCGGUGCCAUGGUAACAAUUGCGAUUGUGAGCUACAUACAAGAAAAUCUUAGUUGGGCACUUGGAUUUGGAAUUCCUUGUAUAGCAAUGGUUAUUGUAUUGGUGGUUUUCUUUCUGGGAACUACAACUUACAGGUUUACCAUUACACACAAUGAGGAAGGUCCAUUUGUGAGGAUCGGUAGGGUGUUUGCUGCGGCAUUUAAGAACCGGCGAAGAACUCCAUCCAUUAUAGCCAAUGAAGUGGAAGUUGUGUCUCACCAAGGUUCUGAACAAUACAAAUUCCUCAACAAAGCCUUGAUUGCACGAAACCAUUUAAAGGAAAAUGGUUGGGUUUGUAGUGUAGCCGAGGUUGAAGAGGCAAAGGCUGUACUUAGACUUGUUCCGAUUUGGGGGACAUGCUUGCCAUACGGUAUUGUGUUUGCUCAGUUCUCAACUUUCUUCACAAAGCAAGGGGCUACAAUGGAGAGAACAAUUGUAUCUGACUUUAAAUUACCAGCUGCUUCACUACUAUGCUUCAUCAGCAUUGCCUCAAUCAUCUUCAUUCCCAUUUAUGACCGCAUUUUUGUUCCGUUCGCCAGAGCUCUCACCAGAAAACCAUCCGGCAUCACAACCAUACAGAGAAUAGGAGCCGGAAUCCUCAUGUCUGUUUUCACAAUGAUAAUUGCAGCUAUCGUUGAGAUCAAACGGCUGAAAACCGCUGAAGAAAACAACCUUGUUGAUAAGCCAAGUGCGACAAUCCCAAUGAGCGUCUGGUGGUUGUUACCUCAGUACAUCUUGUCUGGAAUAACUGAUGUCUUUACCAUGGUUGGCCUGCAAGAGUUCUUCUAUGAUGAGGUGCCAAUAGAACUAAGGAGCAUCGGACUUGCCCUUUACCUUAGUAUAUUUGGUGUUGGGAACUUCUUAAGCAGUUUUCUUGUCUCUGUCAUUGAGAAAACAACUGGCGGGGCUGGCCGAGAUAGUUGGUUUUCGGAUAAUCUAAAUCGGGCUCAUCUUGAUUACUUCUAUUGGCUGCUUGCCGGACUCAGUGCUCUGGGAUUUGCAGCCUACUUCCAUUUUGCGAGAUCUUACAUUUAUAAUAGAAGCGGCACAAUGUAA